UGCCUCUUUCUUUCCGAGUUAGCACUUCGCUCAGGUGUCAAACCAACGCGUUUGAUUUAUUUAUAAGCCUCUAAAAAAAUCAAAGAUGCAGCUCCACGUACGUGGAUUGAACACGCACGUCUUGGACGUCCAGCCGGGUGACAACAUAGCUCAUGUGAAGGCUCUGCUGGCCGACAUCGAGUUAGUCGACGCUCAGGAACUCCAUCUAUACUGCGAAGGCACACCGCUAGCUGAAGACGUCACUGUCUCUCAGUUGACUUCCGCCGAGCUCGAUGUCACUGUUCGACUGCUCGGUGGUAAGGUUCACGGUUCUCUAGCUCGUGCCGGCAAAGUAAAAGGACAAACGCCCAAGGUCGAAAAGAAAGAGAAGAAGAAGAAGAAGACUGGCCGCGCCAAGCGACGUAUCCAGUAUAACAGACGCUUCUCGAGCGUAGUUCAGGCAUACGGACGUCGCCGGGGUCCGAAUGCUAACUCAGCCUAAGUAUUGAUCUACUGCAGGGUGGUCAAUACGUGGGCUACUUGAGAGGCGGAGGAACGAGAAGGAACACAAAAAUGGCAACAAUCAGUGUUAUUGUACGGGCAUAUGAAUUGGCAAUAACAAGGAUUGUUGCAUCGUCAAUAAAAAGCAUUAAAACGCGAACGAUCUUGGCUGUAUAAAUUCUAUCAUACCAAUAACACCAGUGAAGUCUAGCUUUCGUCACAAUUUUUGUGCUUUUCCUCUGUAAAGUGAAGCCACACAAAGGCGAACCACAUCGAAAAUACCUGUUUGCCACUUCGAUCAAAACUAUCGUAGUAAAAUUAUUUGUUUCGUGUUGCUUAUUUCGGGUACACUGACUUGACCCGACGUGAGUCUCUUUGAACUAACUGCUUUGAUAUUCCUGACGGACGAACAACAAACUAUCAAUGCUCCAAUCAAUCAUCAUGCAACAGUACAAACAAAAAUUAAAGCUGCAAACGAUUCUACAAUCAAUCACAAUAAUUUUAAAACACUAAUAUUAUCAUGCUGAUGUUAGUUUACACCUAGCUAGAUAGCUACACGUUCUUCUAUAUUGCAAUCGACAUGAAGUAAGAAAUACCAUUUAUGGGACGAAAUAUUAGGAUUUUACUCAAUCCAAAUGGACAACAUUAUUUUUUGUGUCAUAAAACAGCUCAAUUACAGCAGAGAAAGACGCAUUAAUUUGUUCCUCAGCAACACUAGGCUGGUAAUCAUUGGGCAUUACAAUUUUAUACCUAUUGUCUGCAUAUGUUUCCGAUUGUCUUUUUUCUCAAAGCUUUCCCAAAUUAUAGAAAUUAAAUAUUGUUUGGAAAAUGG